AUGGUGAAUUUUGAAGCCUCCCUUCCCAGCGUGAUCCGUGCUAUGGCAGCAACCUACAGGCUUAUGGUCACUUCUGUGAACUGCUACAGCAGUGUCGUGAUAGACCAGCACUUUCAGCACACCGUGCAUUACUGCACAGGGACUUGCCAAGUGUUUAAGGAAGGAGUUACGUGCGUAGUUGCCCACCACAGUGUCUGCGCAGAGCUCAGUGUCCAAGAUGCCAACCUAGACCAUAAAAUUCCUGUUCCUGAAAAUGGACUUGCCUUGCCUGGAAAUGAGGACUAUCAGCAAAUCCUUCCAAAUAAUCCAAGAAUCAAAAAGGGCUCUUCAGUGCAAACCUCCAGCAGUUUAAAGGACAUUACCGGUGAGGCGAUAAACCUUGCCAGUGGUAAAAUAAAGGAAUUCUCCUUUGAAAAGCUCAAAAACUCUUCCAGUCAUGUGGCCUACAGAAAGGGAAGGAAAGUUCGGUCAGAAUCAUUCAGCAGACGGUCAUUUGAUUUUGACUUGAUUUAUGGGCACUUCAACAAUGAUGAGAACUGCCCUCCGUGUGGCUUUUUGCAGAGUCCCUCACCUGUGGAGAAAUGGCAGGAAAGCAAUGAUGCUCCAGAAGUCACCAUGAAUCCCAUGGUUCCCUUCUCCCCUCAUUCCUUCUCUGAAGAAAACUUCAUUACCCAGAUUUUGGAAAAACACAAGCUAGAUGGUUCUUCUGGUGGAGAUAUUAAGGUGUGCUUAGACAUCUUGCUCAAGUGCUCAGAGGAUCUGAAAAAGUGCACAGACAUAAUAAAACAUUGCAUCAAAAAGAAGUCUGCAGACAGUGUUAGUGGAGGGAACAGCAGUGAUCCUCUGGCUAAUUCAGAAAUGAUAUAUAUGAAUCUGAUGACAAGAUUUUCUUCAUACCUGAAAAAGCUACCCUUUGAGCUGAAGCCACCUGGACACAAGGAAGCUAGUGACUUGGCAGAACUAGUUAACUGUUUUCAUGGUUUGCAGCAAACUCCCUUUCCCACAGUAUUUGGAGAUGAACAGCCACCUAGAUACGAAGAUAUUAUUCAGCUGCCAUCCUCAAGUGCAGUUCCUCUUGGACUACCAGGUGAUCAGUGUGAGGUGACGAGCACCUCUCAGUCCAUCCAAACAAGUACUGUGAGCCUUACCUCAAACUCCCUUCACAGCGUCCCACAGGAGAACAGUGUGAGAGCUGUGAAAGAUGCUUGUGCUCUACCUCAGUUACCAGCCACAAGCCCUUCUGACUGCACGUCUUCCACUGAGGCUCUGUACAUUGAGGAGGAGUCUGAUGGGGAAAGAACAUUAGGGAAAAUAAAGAAGGUAGAACAGAAAGGGGGCUGGGAGAGUUUAGAGCGCAGCUACCAGCUAGCUGGUUGUUCAGAUCUAACUGCUAAUGCUAAAGCAGAAUGUGCUAGAGUGGGAGAUGUUGAGCUCUCCCACACUUCUGAGAAAAUUACUCCUUUAAAACCAAUUUCAGAUUCUGUAUUGUGUGGUUCCCAAGCUGAUGUCUCCAAAGGAGGGCAAAUGUGCAGUAAGAUAGACAAGGAUGAGAUAGACAAACUGCUGCUGGACUUGGAGUGCUUCUCACAGAAAAUGGAGACUACUUUGAAGGAACCUUCUCUAAAGGAGAGUGAACCUGCCUGUUUGCAAGUGUUUGGCUGGCAGGGUAGGCAGGUACUACCUCUGGCUCUUGAACCCAAAAGUAAACCCAUUGACCCCACUUCCCCUUUGUCAAAAAUCAUGGAAACCAAUGGUCAUAAAAUGGAAGAGGAUGACAAAGCCCUUUUACUGCGUAUCCUGGAAAGCAUUGAGGACUUUGCCCAGGAACUGGUGGAAUUCCAGACAGGCAAGGGAAGCUUGUCCAAGGAGAGGGAAGUGAUGCAGAUUCUUCAGGAAACUUUAACAACUCCUUCACAGUCCCUCCUUGCAGGGCAAAAAAGCUAUGCUGGGGCUGCCUCCAGAGACUCUGUUCCAGCUUUAAUUCAGCAGGCCCCAGAAGUGAUUAAGGUUCAAAGUAAACAAGAGAAGAAACCUGGAACUUCAUCUCCAGUCCCUUUGAACUCUGCGGUUAGCCCUUGCACUCUUCUGCCUGUGAAUAAAGCCACCAGCAGUACCCCUUUGUCGAUAAACAUUCCACGUUUCUACUUCCCUAAAGGACUUCCAAAUGUCUGCACUAAUCAUGAAGAAAUCAUUGCCAGGAUUGAAGAAGCCUUUGCAGAGUUUGAGGAUGAGAAAGCAAACAUCUGUGAAAUGGGGAAAAUUGCUAAGAUAUGUGGCUGCCCACUCUACUGGAAAGCACCUAUGUUCAACGCAUCAGGAGGAGAAAGGACAGGAUGUGUAUCUGUACACUCGUUUGUAUCUAUGUGGAAAAAGUGA